CUAAGGUUAGUGUAGGCCAUGAUCUGGUGCUGUGCCAGCCGCAUCGAGCAGAAUAGUGGGGGUCCGCAUGCAGGCAGCAACAAAACGCUGUCGACCAUGGCGAAUGGCAAAGUGGUAGGCGUCAUUUAUUCUCAACUCCGAUUACAUCUGUUGUAUGCAUCUCGCCUAUUAGUCAAACGCACAACCUGAAGAUGGACGAACAAUCCCGGGCCUCGCAUUGUACCAUGUACAUAUUUCCGUUCUCUCUAUACUCAAUUAUGGCGAAAUUCACGGCGGCGCUUGGCCCAUUUACCAAGGAGGAGACCUUGCCCCUCUCGGUGGAAUACCGGCUUGUAAACCUCCAUCGUGGCGAGAAUCUUUCUGAAGCUUACUUGAUGCUGAAUCCAAAAGGCCAGGUUCCUUCCAUGAGCGUUCAGGGGCGACCUGAAGCUCUCACUAACAGUCAGGCGAUCUCGUACUGGUUCUGCGAGUUAUAUCCGAAACUAUUGCCUAAAGCGCAUCGAGAAGUGAUUGAAGUUUUGUUGGGUCAGCUACACUCCAUCGAGGGACUGUCCCUUUCAGCCCCUCGCCCAGAAGACCCCCAAGAGGACAACGUCGACCCUGCGUGUGACAACUUACUAGCGAGGACAGGCAUCAGCGACGAGUAUCGCAGGGCAUUGGAAUACAAGAAAGAAGUCGACCGAGGCCAUAUGCUGAAGGCCUUAUACCAUGAGAACAUUGAUCGGGCCGAAGAUCAAGCUCGUGUGUUCUUUGAAAACAUUAUCAAGGAGUGUAAGUUCGAGUCGGACGGCAGAGAGUGGCUUUUUGGCGAUAUAGUUGGACCAACAGUGCUUGAUGGUCAUGUCAUUCCGUUCGUCGCUCGACUUGUGGAGAGUGGCCGCGAAGCCCUAGUACCAGAUACCGUUCUAGAUUAUGCUCAGCGCAUAGUGAAAACUCAUCCCGCGUGGCUCGAGGUGACCCAUGGCAGACGAACUUCAUGGGAUGUCUCAUAUGGUCAUGUUCACCUGCUGGAGAAGAUCUAAAUCGAGAUAGGCGUGUGUAACUUUUCGUGGCAGGCACAAUCCCACUAGUCUUGGGUGAGUUUGCAAGGGGAGUAGCUCAAGAAGCUUUGGCAUCAAAUCCGUAACCAUGCCACGUGAUGUUGCCAUAGUAUCAGGGUGGCAUCUGCUUUCAAGCUCAACUUGUACAGUGGCUACGAGAAUCAUCAAAUAUGAUAGUUUACUCAUCGACUCAUACACUGGCUCAAUCUGGAUCAUGUCACACCGAAAGACAAUGGUGGGAUGCAUUUUCGAAAG